AUGGUCAAUAACGAAUUCGAUGAUAUUUUCGAAGGUGAGCUUUCUGAUGUAGACGAAAACUGUCGUGGAUGCAAAAAGCUUGAUAGAAUCCUCAGAUAUAAUAGACGUCAUAAAAUAUCCCUUCCUGAGCUUGACUUUAAGGAUAUUAAUAGAGAUACACUAGAAGCAACAAUUUCCCUUUUGAUUCAUUACCGCCUUUACGAUACUCUGGCUGAAUUAAUCUCAUCUGGGAUCGUGCCAGUAGAUGAUCUAGAAAUUCCCAGCGUGGUUCAAAUUAAAAUACGAAAUCGGCAAAAUUCAGGAAAAAGUAUUCAUGAGAUUUUCUACAAGGAACUGGAACGGGAGAUUGGGAUGCAAUUUGAGAAAAAACAAGGAAUCAACUGGAUAAAGCUGUGCAAAGAUAUUUUGUGUUUUGUGCUUGGUUGUUUAAAGCAAGCAUUCAACUCGAAUCAGUCUCAGAUAACUGGAGAACUAUUUGAAGCUGACGGAAUCGUUCUUGUUGGCAUAGAAAUUUCAAAAGGUGCGCUAAAUGUAUUGAUCAAAGAUUUUGAAGAUGCUAUAUGCAGCGUUUAUCUUAUAUUUCCAUAA